GGCGAAUGAAAACUGUAGUUGCGGUAGAAACAAGUGCCGGCGAGAUCCGGUUAUGUAGUAGGGCUCCCUCGUACCGCUUAGCCCUAAAAAAAAUACAAACAAGUGCCGUGUGAUAAAUAUGACCUCUUCGUAGUGUGCAAUGACAUUUAAUACUUAAAUAAUCAUAGACACACCCCUAUAAUUCAACUCAUCUGUGAUAAUAAUUAUGGCCGUACGUAUGGACAACUCUACACCCAAUAGAAAAAUUAACUAUAAAGUUACGACAAAUAACGGAGGCGGCUCUGGCGGCAUCCGACCGACAUCAGCCUCGACGCAACCGUUUGGAGGCGGUGGAGGUGGCGGCGGAGGUAUAAAUAAUAAAGGGUGCGGCGCGGGCUUAGGUGCCGUAGGAGGCGGUCCCAUGGCCACUCAGCACCAGACGGCAGGCGUUUAUCGCGGUCAAUGGAGCAACGUAGGUGCCGGACAUCAACACCAACAUCCUGCGGCUGCUCCUGCAGGCUACUAUCAGCGGUACCCGAACACGGUACAACCAGCCCAAGUACAAGCACAGCUUCAAUCGCCGGCACAGAAUUCCUACACGCCUAAUAGUACUACCACCAAUAGCAAUUACAAUAAUUCUAAUUCGUACACAAAUCAAAGAGUGCCAACAGCGACAUCUCCGUCAAAUGCUAGUAGCUCGAGUAGUCAUACCGGCAGUCAAAGCGGCAACGUUUCGACUUCUCUCAGCAACAACAUGCCUAACAAUACCAAUACGUCUUCUAACAAUUCCUCGUCCGGAUCCGAGCAGCUUUCGAAGACUAACCUUUACAUCAGGGGACUGAAUCCUGCAACCACCGACAAGGAUUUAGUUAAUAUGUGUCAACAAUUCGGCACUAUCAUAUCCACCAAAGCGAUCCUAGAUAAAAAUACUAACAAAUGUAAGGGCUAUGGUUUCGUAGAUUUUGAGAGUCCCGCCGCUGCCGAAGGUGCCGUGAAGGCUUUAACCGCGAAAAACAUACAGGCUCAAAUGGCGAAAGUGGGUAUCUGGUAUCAACACCGUAGAAAAGCCACUCAACAGGAACAAGAUCCUACAAAUUUGUACAUCGCUAACUUGCCGCCGAAUUUUAAGGAAUCUGACUUGGACCAAAUGUUAUCUAAAUAUGGACAAGUUAUAUCAACGCGUAUCCUUCGGGACGCUUCUGGUAUAUCCAAAGGAGUAGGGUUCGCAAGAAUGGAAAGCAAAGAAAAAUGCGAGUAUAUCAUCCAGCACUUCAAUGCCAAAAUGCUACCAGCAAGUAAAGAACCGUUAUUGGUUAAAUUCGCCGACGGAGGCAACAAAAAGAAGAACAUGUAUAAAAAUAAUGACAACGUUAAGAUGUGGCGAGACAGUGCAGAAGGUUUAACGGCGGUUCAAUAUGAUCCGUCUACAUUGGCGCAAAAUGGAGUCGCAGGUCAGCAUUUGAUGCCGACUUUAACGAAUUACAGGCAUUAUAAUCAGUUUGUUGAUGUACAGUUUCCUUCGUACACUACUGGACAAUGGCCGUUCCCGUAUGUUAUGGCGCCUCCAUUGGCUACUGUAGAGGAAAGUUACAAUUUGCCUGGACACAUGGCAGCUCAGUAUAAGAACGACGGACAACCUCCUCGGGGAAUACCGCUUAUGAUGCCAUCUACAGAAACUACUGUUCCUUAUACAAAUAUCAUACCUCAGCUCACAACACAAAUGGGAGCAAUGCAGAUAAGUACGGGAUCAUACAUCUCCCCUCAAUAUUCGUACUACCCAUCAAUAGUACACGCUGUUCCAGUCGAUUCUGAACACACUUCCAACGCAGCAAGUCCAGAAGAUCCAUACCAAGCGUACCAAGGGCCCCCCAAGUAAUUUUUAUCUAAUUGUUGUUUUGGAACUAUUUUGUGACAUCCCAUUUGAAAAUUGCUGCAAAUCUUUAAUUUUUUAGAAAGAUGAAGGCAUUAAGAAUGCCUGAUUUAUAAUAGAGUAGUUAAUUUAUGAAUAUAGAGUUUUGGCAAUUUUUGAAUCGGUCUGAGAAGUCGUGUUUGAAAAUUGCGACUGAGUUUGUACGAUAGUUAUUUUACUGCUGAGUCAUUUGAAUGUUCGGGGAGGUAAUAUUACUUGAAAAUGAUUACAAAACUAAAAGUUGUCAAAAAUGACGAUUGAGUACAGACCAAAAAAUUAGUAAAAUUAACAUUUGGUAGAAAAGACAUGGAAAUUUAACAUUUUACCAUAUAUGAGUUGUUUGUAUGCACUUAGUUCUCACUUGUCUGAGAAUUAAGAAGUAAAGAUAUUGUUACGAUUUCACUCGACAAUCGUAAUGAUAAGCUCACAAUUUGAAAACAGAAAACAACUAAUAUGUCGUAGGUUCUGUGUCUAUUUUAAUUUUAACUUUAAGUAAUGCUGUGUGUAGACAAAUGUACAUAUUUUAUAGUAUCUGUUUCUUUAAAACCUUUCUGUUGUAUUUUGAUGUCAUAAUAACUAUACCCACUAAAAAACUACACAAGAAACUUUGUACAAGCAAUUCAUAAUUAAAAACAACUUUUAGUUUUGUGUUAGCAAUUUUCACGAUGAUAUUACACAGCUCCUAAUUUUUGUUUACAAAAAAUUAUUGUUACACGAUACAAAAAAAGGACUGAACUAUGUGUAAAGUAGAUAUUUUUGAUACAGUAUGUUCCUAGUUUGACAACUAAAAUUGUAUUAAAAAUAUGUCUUCUGAACUUAUAUCUGUGUUGGGAAAAUGCGCCUGAAUUUAACAAGUAUUUCGAUGCAAUUGGUACUACACAUCUAUGAAUGCCAAUCGACUAAGUGCUACAGUUGUUUCAGUACUUAAUAUAAAUGGUAUACCAGAUUGGUGCAUACAGCCAGUCAAAAAUUUAUUUUUUUAUUGUCUUGGUACUUAUUUUUAAUGUUUUGUAUAUACUAUCUAUCUGGAGAGCUAAUAAAGCAUUAUUACUGAUCAUAGAACCAUAUUAAUGUGUUUCUGGUAAAUGUGGUUUCAUAUAACUCCUGGUCAUUAUCUCUAGUCAUGAAACUUUGAAUAAUGAACUCUUAACCAUAGUAGCCGUUACAGUUUCUUUUUCGUACUGGAUGACCUUCCUUUGUAUUAUGUCAUUUCCGGUGUAAAAAUUCUCAAUAUCUUAAUACUCGAUAUAACUGCAGAAUUUUGAUAAUAUGUAGUUAAAAUCGAUGAGAUAAUUCACUCCAGUAAAUCCACCGGAUCUAGUAUGUUUUUAAAAUUGUUAGAUUAUUAUUAUGAUAGAGAUUAGUUGGUAAAAACUAUAAAAAAAAUGUAUCCUGUUCUUGUUUAGUUUAGAUUAACUUGUAGAAUGCAAUUUUAACAAAAUGUGUUUUAUUGUUGUUUAAAAAAUAUGCAUUGAUUCACAUCAAGAUACCGAGUAUAUACAAAAACAUAUUUUUAAUAUAAACACUUCAAAGUAUACAUGCCUACCGUCUCGUUGGAUUUUAGGAUGUGUGUACCAAUUGUGUUUUUGACAAGAUUUUUAGACUUAAGAACAACUGUACAUAAUGUUUUUUAGACAGAGCAUUUUCUAGCACAGGUCUUUUUCCAAAACGUAGGAGAAAACUAGGAUAGUAACUACAUAGUUUUACACAUUGUAAAAAGUAAUAUUGAAUGAAAAAAAAAACGACUUUUCUACAUACAGCAGUGAAAUGUGUAUUGAU